CCGCCGGGGGCGGGCUCGGCGGCAUCGAGAGAGGCGGAGCCCCCAUCAUGGCCGCCAGCCGCCUGCCGCCGGGUGCGCUCAACCUGAAGCAGUUCCUGAGGCGACAGCAGGUUCUUCAGUUAUACAGGAAGAUCCUAAGGGCUAUUCGUGAGGUCCCUGCUGAAGCAGAUCGCCGCUAUUUAAAGGACUGGGCCAGGGAGGAGUUCAGGAGAAAUAAAGAUGCUACAGAUGAGGAUGCCAUCAGGAUGAUGAUCACUCAAGGCAACAUGCAACUUCAGGAACUUCAGAGAACACUUAAACUGGCAAAAUCCUGAUCUUAAGUUUGUUGACAGCUGGACUUUGAUCUGAUGCGAACAAGCACAGUAUUUCUUCCAGAACGUGGUUACAGUAGCAGCUUUUUCUGGCAACCUGGUAAUGUUUGAAGGUGGAAUCUACCAUGGUGGGGGUUUUAUUUAUUCCCCUUCCUCAUCUCAGUUUGGCUACCGUCCCAUGUGGAAAUCACUGAGACACAAAGGAUUUUAAGGGCCUGAAUGGAUGAUGUAGCAUGUGCUGUGGGAAAAGCAGAAUGCACCAGGAACUACAGCAGCAGUGUUACCCCAGGGAAAUGGCAAAUAAAUCUAAGACAGAUUAUUUUGUCUGUUUUCUAUUGUGGCAGUUCUUAAGUGGUAACACGGUGGCAACAGCUCUUUCUUUACUGUGCCAAGGACUUUUACCAAAAUUUGGGAUUAAAAAAGCCCAAACAUUUGGGAUAAAUAAAUAGGCCCAAAGCAAAUAAACAUGAUAAAACAUAAA